AUGACCAAGACCAACAAUGAAAUGAUCGCCCGAGCUGUACAGCAGAAAAUCGAGGCAGAUUUUGGUGUUCAAGUGAGCCUGACGAGUAUACGCCGCGCUCGCAGGAGGUUGGGAUGGACAUUCAGCAAGACCCGUUUCUGCCCAGUGCUAAAGGAGUGCAACAAAGAUGCAAGGCUGCAGCAAGCUUCUCAGUGGAAGGCGUCUGGGGAGACGUGGCAUAAUGUACUUUUCACGGAUGAAACAACAGUUGCACUGGAGCACUAUGCAAGGCAAAGUUUCCACAGAAAGGACCACUUUGUUGCCAAACCGCAACCAAAACACCCGUUGAAGCUUCAUGUAUGGGGAAUGAUUUCCCGGCGAGGAGCAGGUCCGAUGGUCAUCUUCGAUGGAAUAAUGGACAGGACCUACUUCGAGGAGUCCAUCAUUAAAGAAUUCGCUGCACCAUACAUCAGGAAUUAUUUUGGGUUGCAUCAUCGCUUUUUCCAAGACAAUGAUCCAAAGCACACAGCUGCUGCAGCUUGCAUUGCAUCUGAGGGCAUCAACUGGGUGAAAACUCCAGCGGAGUCGCCGGACUUAAAUCCAAUUCAGCUUGUUUGGCACUCCAUGAAAGACUACAUCCGCAAAGAGGCAAAGCCAGGCACAAAACAGGAGCUUGUCCAGGCCAUACAGGUGUUUUGGAGGACAAGAUUGACAGAGAAGUUCUGCAACAGACUUAUUAGUGGUUUAGCUAAAGUCACUAGUCUGAUUAUCAGGAACAAAGGAGGGCAUAGUGGAAAAUGA